AUUCUCCUUAGGCUAUCAAUCGAGCUGGAUUAUCCUCUGAGUUUACAUAUUUGCGAACUAUAGCCGACACAACACCUCCAAAUGGUGGCCAUGUUUUAGAAGGCCCAAUCGGAAGUCAGAUAGACGAAGAUUAUCAAUAUGAUAUAACGGAAAUAAAUGUACAUUGGAAUGGUUUUAGCGAUCCACAUAGUGGAAUAGCCUUUUAUAGAGUAGCUCUUGGGACAAAGCCAUUUUCGGAAAACAUUAAGCCGUUUGUGAAUGUCGGACUUCUGGAAUAUACUACGUGGCAUGGAGAAUUUUCUAUUGGUGAAAAAUAUUUUACAACAGUAGAGGCAUGUAACGACGCAGGGCUCUGUAUUGCCCGAGCAUCUGAUGGUAUUACUCUUGACAUUUCACCACCAACACCAGGUUCUGUACAGAUUGGUUCAGACGUGCUUCACCAGAAAUAUCAGUCACAUACGUCAUCAGUACACGUUACAUGGGCGGGAUUUGAAGACCCAGAAUCUAGCAUUGGUCACUAUGAAAUGUGCAUUGGAACGAGUCCAGAAAAUUGUGAUAUUUUAGAACGCACCAAUUGUUUAUUGCGGUCUAAUAUUAUCAAAACAGGGCUUAGUCUACCACUUCACACUCCUGUAUUCGCAACUGUUACUGCUUUUAAUAAGCUUUCGUUAAAUGUAACAAAAUCAUCCGAUAGCUUCUUUGUCGAUGAAACACCCCCUCUUGUUUUGACAAGACCAUUUUUUAUUGUAGAGGAAAAUAAUAACCCCUGGAAAAUAGGUCAAUGGGAUAGGUCUGUUCUACAUAUACAGUGGGAAUUUAUUGAUGAAGAAAGCCCGAUUGUUCGUCAUUAUGUUUCUCUUGCCACGCACCACGAGGGUCACACUCCCGUAGAAAAUAUACAACUCGGAGCCGAAAACAACUUUAAAAUAAGUUUGGAUGGUAGAUCAUGGCUUCAUAAUGGUGAUACGUAUUUUGUGACCGUAACAGGCUGUAACAUGGCUGGUCUUUGUAUUUCUGAAAGUACCAAUGACCUUAUUGUAGAUUCGACAGCCCCGCAUCUUGGUGGUUUCAAACUACCAAUGUAUUGGGAAAAUUUUAAUGGUUCCGUGACUGCAUGGAAGUCAAAUAUUACACUUUCAUGGUACGGUUUUCAUGAUCAGGAGUCUGAAAUUGAAAGAUAUUUUAUCACAAUAAGUAAAACAUACAGCGGAAACGAGAUAACAAAUGGUGUGACAACCGUCAAUGUUAAUGUGUCAGAUAGUAAAACUGAGCAUUCAUAUACAUUUCUUACAACUGACCAUUUAGAAAGAGAUGAUAAGUUGUAUUUAACAAUAUGGGCAGAAAACUCUGUAGGGCUUAAAAGUUCAUUGGCACGAGCUUCAGUAUUUGUAUUAUCAAGUUCUUCCACAGCUGAUGUUACAAACCAAAGGGGUACCCUCGAACUUGAAAAACACUCCUGUGAUAUACAUUACUGUAAUAAGGAUUGCACGUGUGCAAUUAUUGGCAAACCAUGUGUAGAGGUACAAUCAAACUCGACUUGCGAAGAAAUAGGUAAUCCGUUGGAAGAUGAGGAUGUUCCUGCAAUUCAAGUCUUUAACGGACUAAAUGAGAAAUCCACUAAUAUCACAGCUUCCUCUGCUUGUCUCUCCGGAAGUUGGAAAGUUAUUGAUGGCAAAAGAAAUACCACGAGCAUAUUAAGAUUUGAAUGGAGUAUGGGUUUACAGUACCAUCAUUUUGGGGAAGGAAUAUUUGAUUUGAAGAACGAAAUUCCAUGGAAUGACGUAGGAUUGCAGUCACAAGUUGUGCACUGCCUACCUGUAAAUAGAUCUCUGAUAGCACGCGAAAAAUAUGUAAUUUAUGUAAGAGCUUGGCUUACCAGUGACAAUUAUGCCACGUUUCAUUCGGCUCCAAUACUUGUUGAUCAUUCACCUCCAUCUUUGGUACGAGGCCGUACAGUUCUUGAUUCUAAUGAGUUAUGCAAUGUGGAUUUUGAUAUAAUAGAUUGGAUGGAUACAAUAACAGUAUGUUGGCAUGGCGUCUUCUCAGAACAGCAGGGAACUAUUGUAAAUUAUUUCCUAGCAAUGGGGACGUAUCCCUCUGGUGACGAUACGAUUCAACGACAAGAUGUGGGCUUAAACUCAAGUUUCACAUUCAGCAAUCUGUCAGUGACACAUGGAACGAAGUAUUUCUUCACAAUCACAUCAUAUAACAACGUAGAUUUGCAUUCACUUGCUGUAUCUGAUGGUUUCAUUGUCGAUAUAGACGACCCGAUCAGUGGUGUUGUUUACAACACUCCUAGUCAUAGAAACGCACCAUACCAGUCCUCAACUUCAACCAUUGGCUUAUCUUGGCAUGGCUUUCAAGAUAAGGUUUCCGGAUUGCGAAAUUAUUAUGUAGCAGUUAGCGAUACACCGACUAUUAAAGCAGAUAUAAACUUUACAAACACGGGACUUAGUACGAGACACGUUUUCAGAAAUUUAGAGCUAAAACAUGGGCACAAGUAUUAUGGUUUCGUAAAAUCUUUAGAUAAUGUCGGACAUCAAAGUAUAGUUGCGGUAUCAAAUGGAAUAAAGAUUGAUAAUACUCCCCCAACAGCAUACAUUUGUCAGACAUAUGUCGCUUUCAAACAUGUAUCAGAAGUGGUAGACGCCAUUGAUAAUAAAAGUGAACUUAACUUUCAAUGCUUCCUUGAGCACAUUAUAUAAAGUAGUUGGCUAUCUAUCGUUAGAUAAAAGCGAUGAAGCAAAACUUGUGUUUCAUUUAGAUCAGUUUCACACGUUUCUUCCACUUAUGAAAUAUCAUAAUCAAACACUACUCUUCGAGCAUACCUUCUUGUCUCAUAAAACUGCUUCUCAAACCAUUUUCGUCGAAUACCUAAAUUCAAAUAAAGAAUAUCUUGCUUUGAACAUGACAUUAUAUGAAUGCAUCAAGGCUUUUGAAAGCAUUAAGGAAGCAAUUAAACUCACACAGAUUUCUAGGUCACUGGCUGCAGUAGUGUUGCUUGUAACAGAUAACGAGAGCCCUAUAAGUGAGAUUCAAAUAGGAGCAGGAACCACACCCGGAGGAUUUCAGGUUAAAUCUCUUUCGCGAGUGCAUCAUUUUAAUCAUAAGCAUCUAAUACGAGCCAGCGUUCAACACAGAACCAAUGUCUAUGUCACAGCCAUUGUUGAGAAUAAGGCAGGACAAAGGACAGUAUUCAAGUCAAAGCCUCUUACCAUUGACCACACAAAUCCUGUUGUUAAACAUCUGUCUGGGAACCUGCGAUAUGUAGAAGAAAAUGUAUCGGGUAUUGUUGAAACUAAAACAAUUGUACAUGCGUCAUGGAUGUAGUUGAUGACGAAAGUGGAAUUAGCAUCUGCUAUUGCUCAAUAGGCCAUAUGCCAGGUUUACAGAAUAUUGAUUCAAACUGGAUUGCACAAACAGAAACAUCAUGUGAAUUGGAUGAACAUAUUUUUUCACAUGGUCAAAAAGUAUUCCUAAAUUUGAAGUGUUUUAAUAAUGCUUGGCUAUCGACUGAAGAUGUGUUUGGGCCACUGGUUGUUUCACUACAGCCAUCCGACACAUUAAGUGCAAAAUUGGCGUUUAUACCACUGAGUGAGGAAGAUAAUAGACAUUUUACUAGUCCAGUAUUAAAUUUGCCGGUGCAGUCAAAUCACUCGUGCCUUCAGUUUAAAUGGAAUGGAUUUACAGACCUGUCUGGUAUUGUGCAUUAUGAAUACCGAGUGUACCAAGAUGAACAUGCUAUCAUUAAGGAAUGGGAGAAAACUAUUAAAGACAUGGUUAAACUAGAAAAUAUUGAUUUGAUAAAUGGGGAAGUCAUUGCAGAAGUCAGAGCUAUUAACAAGGGGUCAUAUAUCAGCGACUCUGUAAAUGCUUCACUUUUUGUUGCCAAGUAUCCUCCAAAAUUAUCAGGAAUUUCAGCUAAAUUUUCGAGAAAUGGAGCUGAGAAACUACAUUUAAGUUGGGCUGACGUAUUUAAUAUUGAACCUAGUAUUCAGUUUUCAUUUAGUCUUACAAUAGGUACGAGAAAAGGAUAUACAGAUGUCCUCGACAAACACUAUAUCAGUGAUGAUAACAUUUAUGUGCCAAUACCUAGAUCUACGAUCAUUACACCUAUAGUGAAGGAAGUCUUUGUAUCGAUCGACUGUAUCUAUGAGACUGGACUACGAGCUACAUAUGCUACUAUUUACAAGCUUGCUUGACCUUUAAAGGCACAUUAUGCUUUAGAAACGAUUUCUUUUUUCUAGUUUUGGAAUAGCAACCCAUUUUUAAUAAUGUUUUAGAGCAUCUAAGACGCU